AUGCGAUCCACGAAAGAUAAAGUCUCCCAAAUCGCAAAGUCAUUCCUUGAAGUGUUCCACAAAUUCUCAGCAGAGGCACAUCUCGCCCUGCGCGCGAUUAUCUGUAUGCACAUCUUCGCCCCAACCUCCCUCGGUGUACCAACCAAGAGCAAUGAGGAAUUUGUAUCUCACCUGACCAACAACAUCAUCUUCCAUCUUCGGUAG